AUGAGCUCCUCCGACACCGAGAGCGCAGGGAAGAGCCUGCAGUACCGAGUGGACCACCUGCUCAGCGCCGUGGAGAGCGAGCUGCAGGCGGGCAGCGAGAAGGGCGACCCCACCGAACGCGAACUACGGGUGGGGCUGGAGGAGAGCGAGCUGUGGCUGCGCUUCAAAGAGCUAACGAACGAGAUGAUUGUGACCAAGAACGGCAGGAGGAUGUUCCCGGUGUUGAAGGUCAAUGUGUCAGGUCUGGACCCCAAUGCCAUGUACUCCUUCUUGCUGGACUUUGUGGCGGCCGACAACCACCGCUGGAAAUAUGUCAACGGGGAGUGGGUGCCCGGGGGCAAGCCGGAGCCUCAGGCGCCCAGCUGCGUCUACAUCCACCCGGACUCGCCCAAUUUCGGGGCCCACUGGAUGAAGGCACCGGUGUCUUUCAGCAAAGUCAAACUCACCAACAAACUCAAUGGGGGAGGACAGAUCAUGCUGAACUCCUUGCAUAAGUAUGAGCCACGGAUUCACAUCGUGAGAGUCGGGGGCCCGCAACGCAUGAUCACCAGCCACUGCUUUCCCGAGACCCAGUUCAUAGCUGUGACUGCCUACCAGAAUGAGGAGAUCACAGCCCUUAAAAUUAAAUACAACCCAUUUGCUAAAGCCUUCCUCGAUGCCAAAGAAAGAAACGACCACAAAGAUGUAGUGGAGGAGUCUGGGGACUGCCAGCAGCCGGGGUAUUCCCAGUCAGGGGGGUGGCUUGUUCCUGGUGCUGGCACCCUCUGCCCGCCUGCCAGCUCCCACCCUCAGUUUGGAGGCUCGCUGUCCCUGCCCUCCACACACGGCUGCGAGAGGUACCCGGCUCUAAGGAACCACCGGUCAUCACCUUACCCCAACCCCUAUGCUCAUCGGAACAACUCUCCAACCUAUGCCGACAAUUCCUCAGCAUGCCUAUCCAUGCUGCAGUCCCACGACAACUGGUCUAGCCUCGGAGUGCCUGCCCACACCAGCAUGCUCCCUGUGAGUCAUAACACCAGCCCACCUACUGGCUCUAGCCAGUACCCCAGCCUCUGGUCUGUGAGCAAUGGUACCAUCACCCCAGGCUCCCAGACAGCUGGGGUGUCCAACGGGCUGGGAGCUCAGUUCUUUCGAGGCUCCCCUGCGCCUUAUGCACCCCUGACGCACACGGUCUCAGCUGCCACGCCCUCCUCCUCUGGCUCUCCAAUGUACGAAGGGGCUGCUACAGUCACAGACAUUUCUGACAGCCAGUAUGACACAGCCCAAAGCCUCCUCAUAGCCUCGUGGACACCCGUGUCACCUCCGUCCAUGUGA